GGGAGAUAUAUAAAAACCAAGACUAUACGAGCCUAUGUAAGAUUUCAACUUACGAUUAGAGGACGUGGUCAAAAGUAUCAUCAUACUCAGACCCAUUUUCACUGUCUGUUAGAAGAGCUUUUAAUGUGAUCAUUAACAUACAAGAAUUAGAGUAUACAAUUAAAUUAGCAAGAUAGAUCAUUAGUUUCACAAAGGGUUCUAGUCUCACACGUGGCACAAAGAAUAAUUAUAAGUGUCUGUAGUAUGUAAUAUCUUACGUUUUUUUUUAUUAUUAUUAUUUUCUUUAUGUCAGAACAUAAGUCUUGUAUAAACAUUGAGGAGAAUGAAAAAAGCUCUCGUAGCGGAUCGUCCAUAUCAACUCCAAUAGUAUCCAGAAUACCCAACCUUCAAUUCUUUCCAUCCAAAAGCACAGUAUUAGCAAAAUCUUCACCUCUUUCGUUGGUGGAUAAAGAUCUCUCAAAGACCACAGACUCUCAUUUAGCCAAAACGCGGAAAAUAACACCAGAGUUAGGUAUACUUAGAGCAAGAUCUUUGUCGAUAGGAAGUACAAUAUCUGCAAGCCAUGAUCAUAGCCGGAAAAGUAGUAUUGCCGAAAAAGGCGAAGGAACAAAAGAUGCUGUAGUUACAGAAGAAUACGAAUUCUUCAAAAGACAAGGGGACGCACAAAUAUCAAUAAAAGAUAUUAAGCAACAAGGACUCAAGGCACUUUUACGUUCCAGUGUGCCACUAGGAUAUUUCCUUUAUUAUCUCAUGACCGAGUAUUGCAGUGAAAAUUUGUUCUUUUAUUUAGCAGUUGACAAUUAUCAACGAUACGAGUUCUCAAAUCAAGCAGAACGAAGGCGAAUGGCUAAUAAAAUUGCAAAGACAUACCUAGAAAGCACGUCAGAAGUAGAAGCAAAUUUGGAGGAUCGAAUACACAAGACUGUGAAAAAAGCACUAGAGCAGCAACAGAAAAUACCUAGUGCAUCUUCUGGAAAUGAGUUUGAUGCUGCGAAAAGGCAUGUUUUUACAUUACUCAACAGCAGUUAUCACCGAUUCAGGAUAAGUCCAAUUUGGUCUAUUAUGGAAUCCAAAUGCAGUGAACUUGAUUCAUAUAGCGUAGAACGUUCCCAAACUCUCGUUGUCAGCUUGUUAUUAUCUUAUAUCAAACGUAAUCAAGGCGGAUACUACGAAGCAAUAUUGAAGCUGGUUCAUUCGUUUUGUGUCGUGUAUCUUCCCACUGGUUAUCGAUUAUACAACAAAUCAUAUCAGUGUCUGGAACAUACUAGCAAGGCUUCAAAGAAAAAUGCCGAGUCUGAUAAAAAACACAACAGGUUUACUAGUAAGCUUGACUUACUGGGCAAAAAGUUGUCCAUAAAAUAAAUGUAUCUGGCCUAAUCAUUAUCAGUUAAAGUAACCGAUACUUAAUUUCUAAGGUACAUUUCAAUGAUCUCCCUUCCGUCCCUAAUUUUGAAAAGCAUUUUUACCUUUUUUUUUUUUUUUAUUAUGUGCUAUUUUUCUUUGUUGCCUAUGGCUACAUACAAGCGUAUACCUUUUGUACUGAGCACAUUUGUAUUUUAUCUGAUAAAGAUGCUUUAAUGAGCCAUCAGAAAAAGAAAGUUGACAACACUUU